UUUGGAGAAGCGCCCGGUCACAGUAGCAUCCUCUAGGAAGUGCCUGUAACCUCUCAAAAUAAGACCCUCUUUUUCUUGGUAUAACACGAGCAGACUCCUACGGCAAGAGAUUUCCUCUAUUCAAACAACUCCCGGGGAAAGCAUUUCGAUCUCUAAAGUAAUCAGCACACCACCUGUCUAACGCGCUUUCAAAUCUGGAACUUUGCUUGACUCAAAUAGCAUACGGCAAAAACUCCAUUCACGAUGCCCGAAGAGAGUUCCCAAAGCGAGCGAGAUAUCAUAGACUCCCAAUGCAAGCGAAAUGCAGAUCAAGGCGACUGCGGAAUGCCCGUCGAAGACCGCGAGUCAGAUCCGAAUGCCUUCGGCGAUACCGUGACCAACGAAGAGUCAGGCCGCGGCCAGUCAGGUGGUUCAGUCGAGGAAGCACCAUUGAAGGAGCAUGAUAGUGAGCAGCCUGCGGAGUGGGAGGAGGGGGAGCCGACGGAGGAAUUUUAUAGUAAGGGCGAAAAUGAGGGGAAGCAGAAGUGGAGUAAGGAUGGCGGGUAUAAUUAGUACUAGAUGUGGAUGAUAGAGCAGAGUGCUAAAUGUAGGGAACGGCCUAGUU